AUGCUUAGAUGCCAAAGCACCGAAUGGGCACUUUUACUACAUUUUUUUAUUUAUGAUUUAUAUCAACAACUUGGUAAACUAUUCAAAGAAGUGGAGAAAAAUUCAAUUAAAAAGGUUUAUCGGGGACAAUUCAUGUCAAAAAGCGAACUUGAUUUAUUGCAAAGUUUUCAAGUGACAGAUAGUCUUUUCGUGAAUCAAUUUUUCUCGGUGACCAAGGAUCAUCAAGUUGCGAAUAUUUUUGCUGAUAUUGACGAUAAUGAUAGCUGUCUCUCCGACGAUAAUUUACAAAAGGCUGUCAAGCAAAAAUAUGCUGAUCUAGAACGAUUACUCAACCAUUUGACAGAAGAUGUGGCUCUCUAUUUGAAAAAAUUGAAAGUUGGGAUUUUUAGCGGGAUCGGUAAACAGGAAAGCACAACCGACUUACCGGUUUCGUGGUGGCCAAAAUACAUACAAAUGCUAUGUCAUUUACCAUAUCCCGAUACUUGCCGUACAAACUUUCUUAUUGCGCUAAAAGAAUGUUACCAAGCUCGAUCUUGCGAUGAAGGAGCUGUAACAGUUUAUCGUGGACAACUUAUGUUGCUGAAUGAGAUUGAAAGUUUGCAAAAAGAAGAUUACCCAGAGAUAGUCGUUAAUAGUUUCUUUUCAACGUCUCUCGAUCGCGAACAUGCUCUCUUCGUAUUGGACCCGUCAGUACCGCGUGACGAUGAUCUGCAGAGAGUGUUGUUUGAAAUUAAAUUAUACACCCAGUGGCAAUAUCGUCCUUUUGGCGAUAUUUCACAUUUAUCUUCUUUUCCAACUGAAAGUGAAAUUCUGCUCAUGAUAGGAACUAUGCUAGAUGUUCAUGAGGUAUCUUACGGUAGUAAAACAAAUAUAUAUUCCGUAAAGCUAAGCCUACCCAGUCUUUACGAGAUAGAAGACGAUGAGUUGGACAAUAUGACAGUCAGAGGAAAGUUCAAAAAUUGUAUAAUGGAAAUGGAAGCUACAGAUGAAGAUACGAGUUUUAUUUUUAAUGAGCUGAAGGAAACGUUUUCCGAUGAGCAAGGACGGUUAGAGGCAAUUGAGUCGCGUUGUAAAGCUUAA